AUGGCCGACGAUUCUUGGAUGACUGAAUUGGACGAUUACAUCAGCUUAAGCGUCAUGUCCGACUCAUGGGUCGAUGGAGGCUUCCACUAUAUCUUCGACGUCGCCCUCCGUCAACUACUCAGGUACUUGUUCCUGCCUUACAAGACAGGCUUUGUACGAUGCAUUCAACAAAUCCAAAACGCGCUGUGGUUACCGGACAGCAUACGAAUCACAAGCGACGUUGGAGAUGGUAUGACUGAUAGCUUCUGCAUGGGGGGUAUCGCGGGUCUAUUCAUCAUCAGCUUUAUCUUCUUCAUGCUGUUGGCAAUAUCCACAUGCAUAAAGGAAUCCCGCGUCACCAUCUGCGAAGCCUUCUUUGCCCUUGAAAUUUCCUUGGGAUUGUGGUGGGUAUGGGACAUUAUGGAACGCUCGUUAUUGGAAAUCGGCCAAGGGGAUGUCCGGCUGAGGCAUCACUUCUGGAGAUAG